CUACGGGUCGGGUAAUACCCACACCAUUGCGGGUCAGGUCGGGUAAUACCCGCGAGGCAAGUUCAAAUUGCCAUCACUAGUAUUAGCACACAAAGGAAACAAAAAGGUUUUGUUUUAGGUAUUCGGGAAUCGGUACACUAAUUGGCCUUUAACACAGUAAAUUUUUGGUCACUCAAGGGAAAGCUAGCAAAAAGGAAGAUUGAGAUGAAGACCAAUGUUCGGCUUGAAGUUCUGUCACAUAUUUGGUUUGAAUUUCAAAUCUUGAAAAAUGCGUUGAUGCACUGCCAAUCACAUAAACUAUCACCACCGUCGCUGUUGAUUUUUGUUUGCUAUUUUCAUGGACGCGCGACCAAUCACAUGAACUUUUGUCAAUCAUCGUCGUUGACCUAGUCACCUAUAGGAAGAGGAGAAAGGUGAAGGGGUGUAGAUAUUGAUGGAGGAAAAGGUGGAGAGAUCCUCUGAAGCUUUUGUUUUUAUUUUGGGCUUUUCAUUGAUGUCGAACUCUUACAGGGGUAAAAAAACGUUAUUAACAUUGCUUGGGUGGUGGUUCGGCCACAUAUAACAGUUUUAGGAUGGAAAACAUAAUUGAAACAUACGUUUGAAAAUUAUUCAAUAGUAGAAGGACAAAUUCGACGUAAUUUAGUGUAUAAUGACAUAUUAAAGAAAAAUGCAUAAUAAAGAAUCAAAUUAAAGAAAAAUGCAUAAUAAAGAAUCAAAGUAUACCUAUAAUACUUAAUGAGAAGCAUAAUUUGACUUUGCAUCUCCUAGUCGUUGUCAAGAACAAGUUGUUCCCAAUAACUCGAGUUGUUGGGAGACGUUCAAUCGUGGAUCAUAUACCACAACACUAACACGCCCCCCCUCAAACGAAAGCCACUCGCAAGGGCUUGAAAUUUGCACAGGUCUGAAGACAAGAAUACCAUGUGCUUAACAAAUGAAGGUCAUCGGGAAUCGAACACAAGACCUCUAGGUCACAGAAGGCUCUGAUACCAUGUCAAGAACUAGUUGUUCCCAAUAACUCGAGUUGUUGGGAGACGUUCAAUCGUGGAUCAUAUACCACAACACUAACAGUCGUGACUCGUGAGUGAUUGCGUGAGCAAUAGCGCCCAAUACUUUAUUGUGGUAUAUGCAGUUGGAUUCAAAAUUUCAAAUGUCACCCGUUAAAUGUUUUUUUUUUUGGUUUGAUGACUCAAAUGCAUGUAUUUUGCCUAUCAAAAAUUGGGGAGUCACCCAAGUUAGAAAGUGCUUUCACGACGAGUCAUGAGUCACGACUCACGACUCACUGACCGCGUGCAGCCACCGCCCCCAGUUUUCAUCCCCCAGAAAAACCAGCGGGCCCGACCAGACGGCCGCCUGCCCACCGGCUGGUCGUCAUCAAACCCUACAAAUACAAUAAUCGCUUAAUUAAUUUUUAAAAUAUUAAUUAAACAAAUCCCCGAAAAUCCGUUGGCCAGGGCCGAAGGGAAAGUUCGUUAAACAACGAGAACCCUCCACCACCUCACUCGCCCCCUUAUGUUCCGCACCGCCUGUUUGUAAAACAGCCACCCUCCUUACCCAUCUCCUUGCGCCUUGAACCCCACGCUUCUCCAAGAACUUUCUUCCUCGAUUCCCCCUCUACACUUCGAAAUCAAAUCGAGAUUUCCCCGCCUGCCAAACAGACUCAUCCCGCCGGCAAUCCUUCAAUUCGACGAAACGAACCACGCCUUCACUCGACUCCUCUUGAAGCCAGAGCUUCAUCAUCUCCCGUUCAGGUAUUGCCGAUUCCCGAUCCUCUACAAUCGUCUCAUCUCUGAAUUGCGAUCCCGCGUUUCAAUUCCCGCGUUUUCUGUUUCUCUCCGGCGCCGCUGCGAUUUCAUUUUCGUAGAGGGAAAAGGAAACCGAGAACAAUUCUGGUUUUGUUUUUUUUCUGUUGUUUGGAUGUUUUUGGAAAUCACAUUUGAUUAGCGCUGUGUGCUCAUCUUCGCGUCGAAUUUUCAGAUGGCUCCGACGGCUUUGAUCUGCGACACUCAGCCAUGGAAGGACUUGAAGGCUCAUGUUGAGGAGAUCAAGAAGACUCACCUGCGGGAGUUGUUGACUGAUACUGAGCGCUCCAAACAAAUGAUGCUUGAGUUCGACGGUAUAACGCUGGACUACUCACGCCAGCAAGCUACUCUUGGUACACUGAGUAAACUGCAGAAGCUGGCGGAGGCUGCACAUCUGAAAGAUAAGAUUGAACGCAUGUUUAACGGCGAGCAUAUUAACAGCACAGAGAAUAGGUCAGUGCUCCACGUAGCUCUUCGAGCUCCAAGAGAUGCUGUGGUUAAGAGUGAUGGCAAGAAUGUUGUGCCAGAUGUUUGGAAGGUUUUGGACCAGAUUAAGGAUUUCUCUGACAAAGUCAGGAAUGGUUCAUGGGUUGGAGCCACGGGAAAACCGUUAACCAACGUUAUUUCUGUUGGCAUUGGUGGCAGCUUUUUAGGCCCUCUUUUCGUGCACACUGCCCUUCAAACAGAUCCGGAGGCUAGCAAGCAAGCAAAGGGACGCCAACUGCGAUUUCUCGCCAAUGUGGAUCCAAUUGAUGUUGCUAGAAAUAUUACUGGCUUGAACCCUGAAACAACGUUGGUUGUUGUGGUUUCAAAAACUUUCACCACAGCUGAAACAAUGUUAAAUGCCCGCACACUAAGAACUUGGAUUUCAAAAGAGCUAGGACCUUCUGCAGUUGCAAAACAUAUGGUGGCUGUUAGCACAAACCUCAUGCUUGUAGAAAAGUUUGGAAUUGAUCCAAAGAAUGCUUUUGCAUUUUGGGACUGGGUUGGUGGCAGGUAUAGUGUUUGCAGUGCAGUUGGUGUGGUGCCUUUGUCUCUCCAGUAUGGUUUCUCCGUGGUUGAGAAGUUCCUGAACGGAGCAUGGAGCGUAGAUAAACACUUCUCUUCUGUUCCAUUUGAGAAAAAUCUGCCUGUUCUCUUAGGUUUAUUGAGCGUGUGGAAUGUUUCGUUUCUUGGAUAUCCUGCAAGAGCCAUCCUGCCAUACUCCCAAGCACUGGAAAAGUUUGCACCACAUAUCCAACAGGUUAGCAUGGAAAGUAAUGGCAAGGGAGUAUCCAUUGAUGGGGUGCCAUUUCCGCUUGAGACAGGUGAAAUUGAUUUUGGUGAACCGGGAACCAACAGUCAGCACAGCUUUUAUCAACUAAUUCACCAGGGGCGUGUCAUUCCUUGUGAUUUUAUUGCUGUUAUAAAGAGCCAGCAGCCAGUAUACUUGGAAGGGGAGAUUGUCAACAACCAUGAUGAACUCAUGUCUAACUUUUUCGCUCAGCCCGAUGCUCUUGCAUAUGGAAAGACACAUGAACAACUGCUGAAGGAGAAUGUCCCCGAUCAUCUUAUUCCUCACAAGACAUUUACUGGCAACAGACCUUCAAUCAGCCUUCUGCUUUCUUCAUUGGACGCCUAUAAAAUUGGACAGUUGUUGGCGAUCUAUGAACACAGAGUAGCGGUACAAGGCUUCAUAUGGGGCAUCAAUUCCUUCGACCAGUGGGGAGUCGAGUUAGGGAAGUCACUUGCCACUCAAGUUAGAAAGCAACUUCAUGCUUCACGGACAAAGAAAGUACCAGUCCAGGGCUUCAACCCCAGCACUACUACAUUGCUAAACAAGUACCUAGAGGAGAGCUCAGAUGUCCCCGCUGCUCCAUCAACCCUUCUACCCAAGAGCUAAACAAACAGCGCCUUUUGCACGCUGGCCCGACCAUCCCCUCUUCUUUCAUCAGUCCUCGUUUUUGUACCAUAGAUAUAACGAAACAAAUAUCGCUUACCCUACAUACAGCAGUACUACAAUUUUAAGUUAAGUCCCCAAUAAGUGCAAGCUUGUUCCCGAGGAAUUCGUUCUAUACUACAAUGACAGAAGGCUCGAAGAGCAGAAUCCAUGUCGCUUUAGACAAUUGACGGCUUAUAAGGCUGCAAUGUGCAUAAUCCGCUGAACCCUAAAGUGCUAAAUAGAUGGGAUUGACGAAA